UUGGUCUUUAUUUCUCAAAACCUUGUGUAGAGGUCUCAGUAACUAACCAAGAUCAUGUACCCUGCGACAGGCGAGUGUAACAAGCAGUCGGCACCUUCGUGUCGCCUUUUUUCUCUAGCAGAAUUACAAUCUGCAACAAAGGACUUUGACGAUGAACUUGUCAUUGGACAGGGAGGAUUCGGAAAGGUAUACAAAGGUCAAAUUUCUAGUGAAGAAGGUAGUCAUGUUGUAGCCAUCAAACGGCUAGAUUCUACGUCUAGCCAGGGUGAACUUGAGUUUAGAGCUGAAAUCGAGACACUUUCUAAGCUACGUCACUGUCACUUGGUGUCCUUGAUUGGUUAUUAUGAUGAUAAUGAGGAAAUGAUCCUAGUUUAUGAAUAUAUGCCUAAUGGAACCCUCUACCAUCAUCUACACAAAGCCGAGACUCCAUUAAAUUGGGUUCAAAGACUGAAGAUCGCAAUAGGUGCUGCACGUGGAUUAGAUUACCUGCACACAGGUGUUGGCACUCGACAUGGAAUCAUACAUCGAGAUGUUAAAAGCUCGAACAUUCUUUUGGAUGAGAACUGGGAAGCUCUUAUUUCAGAUUUUGGGCUUUCCAAAAUAGGCCCAACUAAUCAAUCUUCAUCAUACAUUGAUGCUAGUGUAAAGGGUACAUUCGGUUAUUUGGAUCCAGAGUAUUUCUAUACCAGACGAUUAACUAGAAAAACAGAUGUGUUUGCGUUUGGGGUUGUAUUGUUUGAAUUGCUAUCCGGGAGGCUUCCAGUCGACAUAAGAAAUGGUGAGGAAGAAUGUAGUUUGGUAAGGUGGGCUCAAAAAUGUGUGAAAGAACGAAAACUAGAUCAAAUGGUUGAUCCCAAUAUCAGAGGGACAAUUUUUCCGAAAUGUUUAAGAAGGUUUGCGCAAAUUGCAUAUCAUUGUUUGCUUAGUGUUCCAAAAGAACGCCCUACCAUGACAAUGGUUGUGGCGUCACUCCAAGCUAUACUGGAACUACAGCAGAAAAAUGACAAUUUUGCGAAGUCACUUGGCACAAUGGGGUUCACUCGGAAGAUUCAUAAGUAUCUUGCUUCCAUGACCAGGCAAAACUCUGGUUCAUCAACAAAGAAGGAUGGUCGCAAUCAUGGUGAAAUGUCACAUCAGCAUGGGGAAUUAUUGGCUAGAGAUCUGAAAAUAUUCACAUAUGAUGAAUUGAAAUGUGCUUCGAGGGACUUUCGAAAUGCCACAUGUUUGGGCAAGGGGGCUUAUGGAGCGGUUUACAAAGGUUGGGUCGAUAAAAUGACAUAUUCGCCCUGUAUGCAUGAUACUGGAUUACCCGUUGCAAUUAAGAGACUUAAUAGCUACAAACGUUUUGAUCCGGAUGUGCUGAAAGAGUUUUGUCAUCCCAACCUUGUUAAACUCAUAGGAUACUGCUUGGAAGGUGAACAACUCUUUCUUGUGUAUGAAUUCAUGAGCAAUGGAAACUUAGAGGAUCUCAUGUGGAGCGGAGCUAUAGCACAACUUCCAUUGGUUAUAAAGGUGAAAAUAGUAGUAGGAAUUGCACGAUCGAUUGUUUUCUUGCUCAAGACACAAGAUGAAGUCAAAGCAGAUCCUUAUGACAGAGGAACGGUUUGUGAGUAUCGGCUUCACAGGCAUAAGAUAUUGCUCGAUGAGGAUUUUACCCCUAAGCUUUUGGAUUAUGACGUUACAAAGUUAGUACACGGUCACUAUCCUAACAACAACGAUCUUCCUUAUGAUGACUAUUUUACUGGUUUCAAACCCCUUCCACUGCGGACCGAUCUCUAUGGUUUUACAGUUCUACUUGCAGAGGUGCUAACAGGAAAACAAAUCUUCUACGAAAACGAAGUCCAAAAGAUUGAUGAGUUUUUGCUUCAACGUGGAAAGAUGUCGUUGAGUCAUACUGCAAACUCAUGUUUUGAGAUGUAUGACGAUGUGGAUUCAGAAUCGAAGGUGCUAACGAUGUUGGAGGAAUAUGAAAAGUAUAUCCCAGCUAUUCACGAGUUAUUCACAACAACCAACAAGAGUUAUUCAUCAAUGCUGGAGGUACACACUCUAAAGGGACACAUUGAUUCGGUGGUGAAGCUCAAGAGGCUCAAUAUCGACACAGACCAGUUGCAUUACUCGGUGUAAAGAGAGCAUGCUAGCUUUUAUGAUACUAGUAGAAGGCGUUAACCAAGACGGUUGGUCCAAAAACAUCCCGAUAGCUUUUUCUCUUCUUUACGGUGCAUUUCCGAGCAACAUUAUAGUAAUCAUCAAACUAUUGGUUUUAUUGUUGGGAGUUAAAUUAGUUGUGUAUCCUUUGAGUUGUUAUUUUGUUUCAUAAAUUUCAUUAACCAAAGUAAAAUAACUUCUUGACAUCCAAAAAGGUAUUAAAAUCUUUA